AGUUGUUUACAAAAGAGUUGUUCAAUCCAGGCCAGUUUACCCGAUGUUCCUGGCUUGGUUUUUAACCACAGAGGGACUCCUCUUGUUGUGACACACGAUCUUGGUUUGAGUCCCUGUACAAGGUGCGGCAGAAUCUCCCGUUUAACUUGUAAAAAGUUUGUGUUUCUCUCAGUUUAUGGCGGAUUCCUUAGCGACAGCUACAAAAACACGUUAGCAGGCCUGUUGUAGAGUGCUUUAAGAGCUUGCGUUGUGUGGAGCGCGGCUCUGACUGGUCAGCAUGGCGUCGGGCAAGAACAAGAACCAGACCUCUCUGGCGCUGCACAAGGUGAUCAUGGUGGGCAGCGGGGGGGUGGGGAAGUCUGCCCUCACCCUGCAGUUCAUGUACGACGAGUUUGUGGAGGACUACGAGCCCACCAAGGCCGACAGCUACAGGAAGAAGGUGGUCUUGGACGGGGAGGACGUUCAGAUCGACAUCCUGGACACGGCGGGACAGGAGGACUACGCCGCCAUCAGGGACAACUACUUCCGGAGUGGAGAGGGCUUCCUGCUGCUGUUCUCCAUCACCGAGCACGAGUCCUUCAGCGCCACCGCAGACUUCAGAGAGCAGAUCCUGCGGGUGAAGGAGGAGGACAGCAUCCCCCUGCUGCUGGUGGGAAACAAGUCGGACCUGGAGGAGAGGAGGGGGGUCUCUGCUGACGAGGCGACGAACAGAGCCGCAGAGUGGGGGGUGCAGUACGUGGAGACCUCUGCCAAAACGAGAGCCAAUGUAGACAAGGUGUUCUUCGACCUGAUGCGGGAGGUGCGUAAGAAGAAGUUGGCCGACUGCAAUGACAAGAACGGUCCGAGCGGGAAGAAGAAGAAGAAGCACUGCUGCCUCCUCUAGUCCUGCAGAACGAGCCAAAAGCAGACAGGAAGUCAGACGGACUCUAACCGGAAGAGGAAACACUCCCCCCCCCCCUCACCUCCACCUGUAUUUUCUCCACCUGUGUAAAAGCCAAAUUUAAAAUGUGACGUGUGAGGAAUGUCACUCCCUGUUUCCUGCCUCCUCUUUACGGCCUAAAGUAUCCGGGCUCUUUCUCAGGGUUUCUGCCGUCGGGACAGAAAACGCAGCGACCAGAAAACAUGACAGCAAAUUUACGCCCAAAUGAUAAUUACGUGCUCCAACAAUCCACCGUAACUUAGUUUUUGUUGCCAGGAAAUACAAUCUGCAAAUAUAUAAUGUUAGUUAAAUAAAAACCAGAUAAUCCCGAGCCGUUCCUCUCCGAUCAUGUUUUUUAAACGUCAUAUUCAUACAUUAUUUUUAUACUUGUUUUUGGGUUAGCCGUUUUUCACCUUCUAAGUUUUCAUCUUUCUGACAGUUUAUCCGAGCUCAUAGAUACAGAACUGUGUCCGGAGACUUUUGGCCGCACGCUGUAAACCCCCCCCUGCUGCAGUCUGUGUGUGUUUGUGUGCAUGUAAACGGUCUGCAAGGGGCUCUAAUCCCAGAGUUCCGGAACCACUCGACGUCACUACGGAUCUCGCGCUGCUCCCAUUGGCUGGCGCUCUCAUACGUUGUUACAGUGAUAUAGGCCGCGUGGGCGGGACGUCUCUAAACUGGUUGACUGAGAGAACGGCCAGCUAACCAAUCAGAGCAGACUAUUUUCCCAAACCUGCAGAAAGGAGGAGAGUUUUGUGCCUUUUCUCCACAUUCCUGAGGCUCCUGUGUCCCUCCACAGCUUUACGCUUCACUCCAUGAACAGAUGCAUGAAUUGUGAUCACGUUUAAAAGGGAAUCUGUUAUUUAAAUCACUCAUUUUCUUCUUGUUUUGAAGAGACUUUACAUGGUGUUUGUGUUUCCCAUGCAGACAAACUAUAAUCCAUUUAAUAAUAAAAAGAAAAUGUAAAAAAUGAA